AUGACCCUCACCGUUUCCCCCGACCAGCCCAUUGACCUCCAAAUCGGUUGGCCCAACCCCGCGCUCCUCCCCGCGCCCAACCUCCGCCACUCCGCCACAGCCGUACUAUCCAAUCCCUCAAUCGCAAACCCAGCCCUACUCUACGGCCCCGAUGAAGGAUACGAGCCACUGCGCAUACACAUAGCCGCAUGGCUAAGCAAUUUCUAUCAGCCGCGCGAGCCCGUCUCAUCGCAGCGCAUCUGCAUCACCGGCGGUGCCAGUCAAAACCUAGCCUGCGUGCUGCAAACCUUUACAGACCCGGUCUACACGCGGAAUGUAUGGAUGAUCGCACCGACAUAUCACCUGGCUGCCCGAGUUAUGGAAGACGCCGGCUUUGCCGGGCGCCUACGUGGAAUCCCCGAAGAUGACGAGGGGGUCGACAUAGCGGUGCUGGAGAGCGGAUUGCGCGCUGCGGAAGAUAUCGCCCUUCGCGCUGGGAAUACUGAGCCAAAAAUGAAACCGCCCAGGCCCUGGCGCAAAAUCUACAAGCAUAUUAUCUACGCCGUGCCGACGUUUGCGAAUCCCUCGGGGAAGAUUAUGUCGCUGCGUAGACGCGAAGCUCUCGUUCGCCUCGCCCGUCAGUACGAUGCGCUGAUCGUUACGGAUGAUGUGUACGAUUUCCUUCAGUGGUCGCCUAAGGAAGGGGAGAAGAAUUUCGGCGACCGCGCAUGUGUUCCGCGCAUUGUUGACGUGGACCGUUGUUUGGACGGUGGUCCACAGGAUGAAUGGGGACACGCACUAAGCAACGGCAGUUUCAGCAAGCUGAUCGGCCCUGGGGCCCGCACCGGCUGGGCGGAAGCGUCGGAAAAGGUUGCCUAUGGAUUAUCACAAACAGGCUCUUCCCGUUCGGGCGGCGCUCCUUCCCAUCUUUGCGCCGCUAUCAUUGACCAGCUGUUUCCCACAGGCAUCAUCCAAGACCACAUCCGCGGCGUCCUUCAACCGAAAUACGCCGAGCGCUAUCACACCUUGUUAUCGGCAAUCCAGGAGUAUCUCGUCCCACUGGGCGUCACAGUCCCAGCACCUGCCACCGCAGCCGGUGGAUAUUUCAUGUGGAUUGGUCUCCCGGCGCCGUUACUCGCUGCCGACGUAGUUCAGCGAGCUCAGAGCGAAGCAAAUCUGCGUUUGUGUGCGGGUGAUCUGUUCCAGGUCCCGGACCCUCAGGUGACUGAUGAGAGGUUUACGGAUCAUCUACGUUUGUGUUUUGCGUGGGAAGAGCCACGACACUUGACCGAGGGAAUGCGUAGGCUAGCGCGUGUUCUCCACCGUAUGAUUCGUACCUAG